AUGGAGGCUACACACGGCCACAACAAGGCCUGCUGCAACAUUCCACCCGUUGUCUCUUCCGACUAUGUUGCCAAGGGCUCGUACAGCCAGCUCGGAGGAAUGAAGACCUACGCGACCGGGCCCGAGAACGAGAAAAAGGGAAUCGUCGUCAUUUCCGAUAUCUUUGGUUAUUCCGAUCAGGCCCUUCAGGGUGCGGAUAUUCUGGCGACCAGUCAGCAUCACCAGUACAAAGUUUUCAUUCCGGACUGGUUUGACGGUAGCCCUUGUCCCUCGGAAUGGUUUCCUCCUGAUACCGAGCAGAAGCAAAAGAAUCUGGGCGAGUGGUUUGGCAACCACAUGCCGCAAGGCCCCGCCACUGCUUUGCCGGAGUAUGUUGCGGCCCUCAAUGCCGCGUACCCAUCCAUUACGUCGUGGGGUCUUGUCGGGUUCUGUUGGGGAGGUAAAGUCGCCGAAAUUAUCACAUCCGUCGAGGAAAACCCUUUCAAGGUUGCUGCUACUUGCCAUCCGGCUAUGAUCGACCCCUCUGGAGCUGAGAAUAUUUCUAUUCCUUUCAUGCUUCUGGCCGCUGGUGAAGACCCUGCUGAGGAUGUCAAGAAAUUUGAAACUCAACUGAAUGUGCCCCAUCAUGUCGAGAUUUUCGCGGACCAGGUCCAUGGUUGGAUGGCGGCUCGAGCUGACUUGUCUGACUCUCACAUUCGUGAGGAGUAUGCUCGGGGAUACAAGACCGUUCUUGAUUUCUUUGAAAAGCACUGGGAAUAA